AUGGAUGAAAAUAAUAUCCCGCAGUCGUUUUCCAUCAUUAUGCAGAGGGACCAACCAAUCAGCGUUGAAGCUCAAAACUCGCUCUGUGACGAAGUCAGAGAGAAUCAUGCAUUGUUUGGAAGAAACUUUCUGAAUAUGUUUCGCCAGAAGUUGGAAGAUGAGGAUCUUGAAGUUUCCAAUGAAACCUUUCUUGUGGAGCCGGAUUUGGAGAGGCUGAUAGAGCGCUUCCGGAGAAUUAUACAGAAUAGGAGCGCGUCCACAACUGUUUAUCAUUUCAAAUGGUAUUUUAUUCGAGCGAAAGUUAUUUGCGAGAGAAAAAAAGAACAAAUUCUGAAGUAUAAAAAAACGGAGGACAAAAAGGAUUGGGUUAAAUGGCACCGAGAUCUUAUGGACCAGUGCAGGAGUCUCAAACAAAAGUUUCCUUAUCAUUUCGGUAUCCUGUUGAGUUCAUUCUUGAAUCCACUAGACAGGCCUUUGAUGGAUGGAAAAUUUAGAGUAAGAAUUCUGAAGCGAGGCGAGGAUGCUAAGGAAUUGGAAGUUGAAGAUUGGGCUGUUGUGGAACAACGACUCGAAGACUAUAAGAAUAACAAAUACAUUGGAUACAUGUUGGGUAUAUUCGAUUAUUGGCUUCAAGAAGCCGAGGCCGGAUUGAUCCAUUUCUUGGAAGAAUUCCCACUUCUGCGUGUGGAACAACCCAAGAACCAAAUGAAAAAUUUGACAACAUCAGCUAUACCUUCUUCACCACCUCCUUCGUGUUUGUGGCACUUGCAACGAUUAGAUAAUCAUAUACGGCCGUUACCAUUCGAAAAUGUAUAUGACGACGAAAUGAGAACGAGACUCGAUUUUGUGGACUUGGGACCUAACAUACGACGACCUGAAAAGAAGACUAAAUUGGAAAAAACUUCAAUUCCGAGCGACCGUUCAUUGGGUGCAUUCCCAACUCGUUGCAAGGGAUUUGCUGAGCGUAAGUUGACGUCGUGA